CACUGCCACUUUUGUCUUCUCAGCAGACGUAACAGAGUAUCCAGCAUGCUGUCCCGACGCCUUGGUAAGCGCUCCCUCUUGGGAGCCCGGGUGUUGGGACCUAGUGCCUCUGAGGUGCCACUGGGGACCAGCCUACCCUUGGAACCACAGAUAGAAGUGCCCGAAGGAGCCACGCCCAAGCCCUCACUUACCUCUAAGGACCCUAUGUGCCAGGAGCAGCCCAAGGAGGUCCUCAAGGCUCUGGGUACCUCAGGCCCCCCACAGGUGGCCUUUCAGCCCGGACAGAAGGUCUGUGUGUGGUACGGGGGUCAGGAGUGCAAGGGCCUGGUGGAGCAGCACAGCUGGCCUGAGGACAAGGUGACGGUCCGGCUGCUGGACCAGAAGUUACAGGUUUGCUGUAAAGUGGAAGAGGUGUGGCUGGCGGAGCUGCAGGCUCCCACAUCCCAGGUGCCAGCCUACAGACCCGUGUCUCGGAACAUCGAUGUCCCAAAGAGGAAGUCGGAUGCAGUGGAGAUGGAUGAGAUGAUGGCCGCAAUGGUGCUGACGUCUCUGUCUUGCAGUCCUGUGGUACAGAGUCCUCCUGGGGCCGAGCCCAUCUUCUCUGUUUCCCGUGCAGCCUGCGGUGACCCCUGGAAGGAGAGCGGGGACGUGUCGGACAGCGGCAGUAGCACUACCAGCGGGCACUGGAGCGGGAGCAGUGGCAUCUCCACCCCCUCGCCCCCCCACCCUCGGGCCAGCCCCAAGUACCUGGGUGACGCCUUUGGGUCCCCCCAAACUGAUCAUGGCUUUGAGACCGAUUCGGACCCGUUCCUGUUGGACGAACCAGCCCCACGCAAGAGGAAGAACUCUGUGAAGGUGAUGUACAAGUGCCUGUGGCCCAGCUGUGGCAAGGUUCUGCGCUCAAUCGUGGGCAUCAAACGACACGUCAAAGCCCUCCACCUGGGGGACACGGUGGACUCUGAUCAGUUCAAGCGGGAGGAAGACUUUUACUACACAGAGAUGCAGCUGAAGGAAGAGUCUGCUCUGGCUGUGGCUGCCCCCCCUGCCCCUGGGACACCCAGCGGCGGCGAGCCGGCCCCCACCUCCCGCGUGACCAGCCCGUCCCUUGCUCCUCUUUCGUUGCCCCCACCCAAAGGCCAGGCCUCUGGCCCGGAACACGCUGGCCUGGAGUCUCCCCUGCCGUCUGUCGCACUCAGCAAGUCAGCUCCUGGCUCCUUCUGGCACAUUCAGGCUGACCACGCAUACCAGGCUCUGCCCUCCUUCCAGAUCCCCGUCUCCCCCCACAUCUACACCAGCAUCAGCUGGGCUGCUGCCCCUACCGCCACCUCCCCGCUCUCUCCGGUCCGGAGCCGGUCACUCAGCUUCAGCGAGCCCCAGCAGCCGCCACCCACCGUGAAAUCUCACUUGAUCGUCACCUCCCCACCCCGGGCGCAGAGCACCUCCAGGAAAGCCCGCGGCGAAGCCAAGAAGUGCCGUAAGGUGUACGGCAUAGAGCACCGGGACCAGUGGUGCACAGCCUGCCGAUGGAAGAAGGCCUGCCAGCGCUUCCUGGACUGAGCCUGCCUCUCCCAGCCCCGCUCCCCACCCUGCCUGGCAGCCAGAGGGUCUCCAGGCCCGCGGCCAUCAGCAGAACACAGAGCGGCAUGGAGUGGACGUGGGCAGCUGGGGCUCCAUUGGCUAAGAUUUAACACUUAAAAAACACUUUCUCCCCCUUGUGGGAAUGUUUUAUUUUUAAAAGAAAAAACAAAAUGAAAAUAUUUUUUCCCCCCUAAAAUAGAAGAGAGCCAAAAUUGACCAAGGGUAUUCUGCAGCGAACCAGAGACCAAAGAAUUACCCCCUCCCCCACCCCCUUGGGGACUAGUUUGUACGCAUCAAAAGUAGGACAGGAUGCCUUGCCCAUUUUUUUUUUUUUUUUUUUUUUUUGUGCUGAGCUGGUGAAUCCUUUGCUCCUUUAGCUAUUCCAGAAUGGACUGUGAGCAAAAUGAGUUUCCUUUUCUUAGGAAAAGAAAAAAAAAAGUAAGACCUUUCUGGCAGGUGGAUGCCCCAGGGAGCAGUCGCGGGACUCUGGGAAGAGUAGGUGGCUGUACCUGGUGAGGUGCAGUGUUACUUCUGUUGGAGCAGCUUCUGGGGAUGGAAGAGGGCAGACACCCUUCUUCGGUGGCACCUUUGGGAUCUGAGUCCCCUCAGAUGUUGGGUUGCAUGCCAGUAACCAUUAUAUGGCUUCUUCUCAAAGCCUGUCCCCCAAAAUACUGAGCCAAAAGGCUAAUAUGAAUUCAGUUUGAGAAUGUGGCCUUGAAACACUACCCUGAGCAUCCUUCCAGCACUGAGAGGAAAUGUGGAGGUCUCCACAGAAACUUUGCUUCCCCCGAGUAAAGUCCUUCCUGAGGUCUCUUCCCUCCCGAGUGUCACAGAGGUUCUUGUCCUCUUGUCUGAUGUGGAAGUCUUUGAGGAUGAAGCCUUCUUUCCCAAGGGGGUUCUCUGGGAGAUCCUAGCAGACUCUGCCUCUGUGCCUGCUGAGCAUGACUUCCAGGACCCAGCUGUCUUGGACUGGAGUCCCAGGUGUCACAGGCUCAGGGAGUGCCACCAGGCCACCUCUCCAGGGACUGAGUAGUAUUGACUCAUUAGCUUGUCACGGAGACCAUUCUCCUGACCACUGAGGCUCCACUGGUGGCCUUACAUGGGAGACACAACGUCUGCUUUUCAGUCCGAGACACACUAAGUACACACAAGAACCUAAGAGAUUGUGUGUGUGUAUGUGUGUGUGACGUGCGUGAAGGGUAGUGGUAACCUGGGCUGCUGAUGGAGGGGAGAGACGCGGGUGUCUUUGGUAGGGGUGUGUGUUUAUAACAAACCAGGCCAGCCAGAGGUGACCCUGGGCCCUUCUGCCCCUCCAACCUCAUGGAGAUUUGAGCUGCCAGCAGAAGUUUGUUUCCUCUCUUUGCUCCCCGCGAUGCUCAGCUUCCAAUCUUACUGGAGAGGGGAGGGGAAUAUCGAGACAGCUUCUGGACAUGGAGAGACCCCCCCAGGAGGCUCUCCUCUCCCCUUCUUAAUCCCAGCGCCGUGGACUAAGCCUCCACUUCAGCCAGAGGCAUUGUAAUCCCAGCCUUGGUUUGGAGCUUGCGGUUGUAACUGACUGUAAUGAUUUUCUCCAUUUGAAGCAGGCUUCCCAUGCCAUUGGCGUGCCGGGCAGAAAAGUAAGAGGGAAAAAAAGGAAUUGAUGGAUGGUUUGAAAACUGAGGGCGUUUUGAUUUUGUUCGGUUCUGUAUUCCAUUUCUGUGCAGCCUUUCACGUCUGCAUUCUUUCUCUCUUUUUUCUGCCUUGGUAGCCUCCCGCCCACUGUCGUGGCCAGCCCCCCCUCCCCCUUUCCCCUAUGUCUUGAUGCUUUCGUAUUGGUUCCCGACACACGACACACGGUCUGGCUUUGGGUUUGAAGGGCGAGGGUGGCUUGUGAGCACACCCAGCCGUCAGUCAGGCCCGCCGCUUCCUUCAUCUCUCCUAUCUCCCUGCUUUCCAGCCCCAUGGGUUCGGAAUCUGACUGGGUGAAGGUGCCACAGGUGUGCUUUUGAAAGCAACAGGACCUAGCGUGCGAACAGUUAUCUCGGGGAACUGUCUAGCCAUGUCCCCGUUAUUCAGAGCGCUCCCGGAGUUACCUUCAGAUCCGUGGUGGGAGCAGCUGCAAGUGAGUCUGCGCCGUGCAUUCUCAACUCGGUGCCGCGAGCCCGUGGGUACUGUCUGUGGCCAGCCGAGGUCUCGGGUAACAACAGGCUUGGAUCAGGGAUGAGGCUUUUAACCUGGCCCUGAAAGAGAGCCGUGUUGCCACUUGAGACAGUCCUGAGAGCAACGGCUGCCUUGUCCCAGUGAGUGCAAAGCUCGAUGCCUUAGAGGACCCUGUGAAAUUGGACGUGGAAGCUGAUUGGGUGGAAGAUAUCUGUUCUGUGACUUUCCGGUCACCCCAGGUUCUGACUUUACCAGGGGCAAAUAAAAAAGAAAAAAGAAAGAAAAAAAAGAAAAAAUUAAAAAAAUUUAAAAAGAUGAAAGCAAAACAAGAAGGGAGAAGAAUCCCAUCCGUGAAUUUGUCCCGUAGACGCUUACCCCCUCCCCCACCCCGGCCCCCGCUGUCUUCCAAGUAUUAUUUUUACUGUUAAGAUUUUUUUUAAAUGUGAAAUGAAAUGUAAUGUUUUUACAGCAAUGAUAUGAAAUAUAUUUUAUAAGGAAUAAAAUGGUACAUUGUCUGA